CUGGCAUUCUGCGCGGAGGAAACGCGAAAAAAGACCGAAACAUGCGUAUCAACAACGCCUGUUGUGCACUGGUUUCUUGAGUUCUCGCUCCUUUUUUGUGCUGCUCGUUAUCGGAGACAGAACACUGGAGAAACCUUUAUUUUCUUGUCUCUCUGCUCUCAGCGCGUCACACGUACGAGGAAGUUUCACCGCAUGCGUGAAUGGUGUCGUUCACCUCGACUUAUGUUCUUCAUCUUUCUCCUCGUCUUUGGCUGUACGUCGGGUCUCUGUUGUUCGCGGGAGAUUCUCCUCGUUUGCACCUGUCAACCUGCCUAGUUGCUUCUCUUCUUCCUCCCCUUUGUUCUACUGGUUACGCCUUUACAUUCUCUCUUCUCUUUCUUUUAUCAUCUCCCUGUUCUCCUCCUCCGUUUUGUCGCUCUUCUUGUUCUCGUUCUCCUUCCCUUUCCGUUUCCCUCUAUAGUUCGCGUUCUUCUUCCUCCCGUUCCUUCUGUUGUCCCUUCAUUCUCCUUUGACUCAUGCUUCGCCUUCUCUCAGUCCUUCCCGAAAGUCUUUUUUUCUGCCCGUUCGUUUUCUCCUUCCUUCCUCCGCCUUUCCACUUUUCUCUCUCUUAGGCUUGCUUCAUCUCCUUCGCCGCUGCCUUUCGCCAUUACCCUUCUUCUUCUUCUUCUUCUUCUUCUUCUUCUUCUUCUUCUUCUUCUUCUUCUUCUUCUUCUUCUUCUUCUUCUUCUUCUUCUUCUUCUUCUUUCUUCUUCCUCUCUUUCUUCGUCUCCCUCUGCUUCUCCAGCUCUUUCUCUUUUCGUGUCUCUGUCUCUCUUGUCUUCCUCUUCUCCCUCUUCCCCCCUCUCUCUUCUUUCCUUUUCCUGUCUCCUUUUCUUCUCCCUUUCUCUUUCGAGAUGUCUGCGAUUUGCAGGCCGCGGCUGGCGCUGGCGGCUGCGAAGGCGGCGGCGGCGCGUCUGCGGCCGGGGCCUUCGGAGUCGCGAGCGGCGGCGUUUGCGGAGAAUUGGCAGGCGAGUGGAAAGCCGCAGUGGGCGCGAGUCUGCGAGGAGCGACAUUUCCCGAUGCUUCAGAAGCUGCAGCCUUGCUUUCCUCUGUACCGAGAUGUCUUGGCGGCCAUGGAGCAGGCAGACUUCAAGCCUGCAGGGCUCGUGGUGAAUUCGGAGGCGCAGGCGAAACUCGGAGAGUUUUUUCUGUGUUGCGCAUGCGCACUGCGUCCCCAGGAAGUCGAAUCGGCCGGAGCAGACAACGCCGCUCUGCUUCGCGUCGCCCAGAGGACUGCAGAGAAAGACUUCGAGCCCUGGCUGCAGGAAGUGCGGUCCUUUGUCUCAGACUUCGACGCGACGCUUGCAGACCAGGUCGAGGCUGCUGCCCUUCUCCGGGCACACGACGAGGGGCGUUUCUGGGAAGCGAGCUUCGCGGCUGCGGCACCCGACCUCUUCGAUGCGUUGGUCGCCGCUGCAGAGAAAGCUGACGCCGAGACUGUGAAUCGCAGUGAUGAAUCGAGCUCAUCCCCAUCCUUGUCUUCUGUCUCUUCGCCUCCCCUUUCUUCGUCUGCCUCCUCUCCUCCCUCUUGUCCUCCGUCCUCUUGUGGUACCUCGUCGUCUGUCUCUUUUUCGGAGUCUUCUCCUCCCUCUGGGUCUUCUCCCUCUGUUUCUGUCGCUUCUUCUCCCUCGUCUUCUGAGCCUGCUUCCUCAUCGCUGAGAGGCGAAGAGACUGAAAGCAGCAGCGAGCCGACAGAGUUGGAGAAAGCUAUUGUUUCCGAGAACGAAGACUUGGCUGUGCAAAUUUACGAGAGGUGGCUGGUUGCUGUCUCGCAGCCUAUCAAGCGAGAGCUCCGCGAUGCUCUCUCUCACUUCGGCUUGCUGGUGGUGAAAGAAGAACUUGAAGAGGCGGCGAGAUCUCGAGGAAAAGAAUAAAGCCAAGCGCAUGCGUGUACAGAGCAACGUUUCUCAGACGCGUUCGUUCCCGGUCUCUUCUGCGUCCGCCGAAAUUCGCAGGUUCCUCAAACCCUGUCGCAGGCUCCACUUUUCCUUUUCGUCACUGAAUCGCAACGCUUUUUCUUCCCGCCUCCUUGCAGGCUUUCGCAGGAGAAAACCAAGGAAGUCUUGCUGGCCUCUCUCGCAGAGUCAACCUGAAAGCCUUUUAAACCUUUUGAGGUCCAAGUCAUUUGUUCCUCCCGCCGACGGCACUUGUGGCAGCGUUGCCCCGUGGGCCACAGGGCUGUGUGAGGACUCUGAAGAAACACUUGCUUCAUGUGGACUCAGGGAGAGAACGGGAGAUCUCCUUUGCAUGUGCGCAGACCGAAAUCCUCACUGCCCCAACACACUACGGCAGAAGGCAGGAAAGCUUCCCCGCGACCGAGAUGGCGAAAGAACGGCCUUUGCCUUCUGUUCAAAACUGCCAGUUCUCUCAAAGGCCAAGGAACAGAAACAACCUACGCACAAAUCAAGAACACGCAUAUGCUAUCCGACCUUACAGAGAGAAAGACGGAACGAUGAGAGCCGCAAAUUAUUCAAACAUAUAUAUAUAUAUAUAUAUAUAUAUAUAUAUAUAUAUAUAUAACUACGCACAUAGGCGUCGGUCAGUCUUCACGAUACAGGCACGCACGUUUAUGUGUGAAUGUUGGCGUUUCUCCGUGUAUCGCUACUGUACCAGUCUCGGAGAGACGAAUUCUCUUCGUACAUGCAUGUGGAGAUUGGGAGAAACGUAGAAAUGUGGUUGCACAAUCCUUCUGCGCGGCGGGAGCCAGCCUCUCUCGGGAGGUCUCCUCUCGUUCUGGGUCUCAGGGACUUGAAUCCUGAGCGGAGACUGUGGAGCCGAACAGAGAAUGCGUGCGCUUCCUUCCUUGAAAUGCGGAGUGUGUCUCCUACCCAACUGUUCCACGUAGCUCUGGUAUAUUCCGUCACUCCAGCGCUACAGACACUCCACGCUUCAGAGGCUGUGCCUUUCAUAAAGCCCGCCGCUGUGUCGGUCAGUGAGGGUGACAUUCUACUUUGUUUCAGAAAGCACCUGCAGUUGCUUCUUCAGAAACGGAACGCAUCCUCAGAGGUAUGCAUAGGAAUUCCCAGUUCUUCGUACUCGACUUAGAACUCUAAGGGUGCCCUGACGUACUCUCACCU